AUGAAGGAUGCGCGCGAGCUGUUCUGCUGGCAAGGCUCGCAGCGCUUGCGGGCAAUGCAGCUGUGGGACGCUUUAGAAGGUGGCGAUCGAGGUGCUCAGAUGCAGGGAUUGCUUGACACGCUUACGGCGUUCUUCUUUGCUUUGAUAGGCGGUAAACUGCUCAGCAACGGGCUCGUUCACUUUCUCGCCGUGCUAGGCAUUGACGCAGAGCUAGGCCGCUUGCGCACGGCGAAGAACUACUCGUACAUGCUCGCCGGCGUGGUGUACUGCGUGCGCGUGCUCAGCGUAGAAAAGCUUCUGCCGCAUGCGUGCCGCGAUGAGCAGACCGACGAGGACCGGCAGCGGUUCUUGACAGCAAGAAAGCAGUAUCUGGCCGACGGCUCGUACAGCCCGAUGAGCGAGACAAUCAACAUGCUGGCAUACGGCAAGCACGUCGCGCUGGCGGCAGGCAACGCGGGCAAUGCGUACUGGUCAUGGGACAAGAAGAUCUUCUACUUGCAUGGCCGGCGGGUCUACGUUAGCCGCUUUCAGAAGAUGGCG